GCUGGAGCACAAAGACGGCGAUUGUUACCCAAUAAGCAGUAGUCACACACUUCUACCAAUCGCCUUAGGAGGGCUGGUUACCAUGGAAUCCACCAUCUGUUCACUCCCCGCCGGAAUGUGAUUAUCCUUGCUGGGCUGGGAACUGGGGAAAGAGGGGAGCCUGUGCUGUGUGAGAUUAUCUGCAAUGGACUGGGUUAAUGGGAGGCUAGAACUGGCUCGCUGGAGGAACAAAUGAAGGGAGUUUUGCUUCAACCAUUUGUGACUUCUAGCCAAGAGGAAUAAAUCCAGCUUUUAAUAAGGCAGCAGUAUCUGUCCAGAGGUCACUGUCGUUCCGCUUUGUCCCACGACCAGCACAACCAGGCUGGUUGAUCAGAAUGUAUCUGAUGAAGAGGCUCAGGGAAUAAAUGGGAAAACGCCAGCGAAACCCGCGACCGCGAGUCCGAAGCCACAAGUGCCUCCAAAGCCAUUACACCUGCAGAGUUCACCUUCGUCCAAUAUACACCAAACCCCCAGGCAUAAAGCUUUACCUAGUGCAAAACCAAGGAUGGAGGAAGUUAAACCUGCCUCUGCUUCUUGUGUCUCAAAAGAAAAACCCAGUAAGGUAUCAGAUCUCAUCAGUCGCUUUGAAGGAGGCAGUGCAUUAUCAAAUUAUAGCGAUUUGAAGAAAGAUUCUGCUGGGAACCUACAUGCUCCUAGAACCCCAGGAAGGCAUGGAUUGAUAACCACACCUCAACAAAAACUCCUCUCCCAGCACCCGCCGUGGAAGCAGGAAAAUGAUACCGACCAGACUCAGGGUGCAGAGACUUGUGUGGCCAACGGUAUAAUGGCAGCGCAAAGCCAGAUGGAAUGUGAGGAGGAUAAAGUAGAUGCCCCUCUUCAAACUUCGGAACCCUUGCUUGAUGCACACUUAGUGAAUGGAGAAAGAGAUGAACCUGCUCCAGGUCCCGCAUCACCCACAACAAAUGACUGUGAUGGAAAUGCUUCUGAUGGCAGCUGCAGGACUCCAAGCAUAGGCCCGGAGCUCCCCCUGGAAGGAGGGGCAGAGACAGAAGCCAAGGUCCUAGACAGGGAGAAUGGAGAAAGCCCUCUGGAACUGGAACAGCUGGACCAGCACCAGGAGAUGAAGGAGACGAAUGAGCAAAAACUUCACAAAAUAGCCAAUGAACUUUUGCUUACAGAAAGAGCUUACGUUAACCGACUCGACCUCUUAGAUCAGGUAUUUUACUGUAAACUAUUGGAAGAAGCAAACAGAGGCUCAUUUCCAGCAGAGAUGGUGAAUAAAAUCUUUUCAAAUAUUUCAUCAAUAAAUGCCUUCCAUAGUAAAUUCCUAUUGCCAGAGCUGGAGAAACGAAUGCAAGAAUGGGAAGCUACUCCUAGAAUUGGAGACAUCCUUCAGAAAUUGGCGCCAUUCCUUAAGAUGUAUGGAGAAUAUGUGAAGGGAUUUGAUAAUGCAAUGGAAUUGGUUAAAAACAUGACAGAACGUAGUCCCCAGUUCAAAGCAGUGGUUGAAGAAAUUCAGAAACAGAAAGUCUGUGGGAGCUUAACUUUGCAGCAUCACAUGCUAGAACCUGUUCAGCGGAUUCCCCGGUAUGAGCUGCUCCUGAAGGACUACCUAAGGAAACUGCCAUCCGACUCCCCAGACUGGAAUGAUGCUAAAAAAUCACUUGAAAUUAUAUCUACAGCAGCAAGCCAUUCUAAUAGUGCAAUAAGAAAAAUGGAGAACCUAAAGAAACUCUUAGAGAUUUAUGAAAUGUUGGGAGAAGAAGAAGACAUUGUAAACCCUUCAAAUGAACUAAUAAAAGAAGGACAGAUCCUCAAACUAGCUGCUCGGAACACAUCAGCACAAGAACGCUACCUUUUCUUAUUCAACAACAUGUUGCUGUACUGUGUGCCCAGAUUCAGCUUGGUGGGCUCUAAAUUUACAGUUCGAACCAGGGUUGGCAUUGAUGGGAUGAAAAUUGUAGAGACUCACAAUGAAGAAUAUCCACAUACUUUCCAGGUAUCUGGGAAAGAGAGAACGUUGGAACUCCAGGCCAGUUCUGAGCAAGACAAAGAAGAAUGGAUCAAGGCCCUUCAAGAAACCAUUGAUGCUUUUCAUCAAAGGCAUGAAACCUUCAGAAAUGCAAUUGCAAAAGAUAAUGACAUUCACUCGGAGGUUUCUACUGCUGAGCUAGGGAAAAGAGCCCCAAGAUGGAUCCGAGAUAAUGAAGUGACAAUGUGUAUGAAAUGCAAAGAAUCUUUCAAUGCACUGACACGAAGGAGGCAUCAUUGUCGAGCAUGUGGACAUGUGGUUUGUUGGAAGUGUUCUGACUACAAAGCUCAACUUGAAUAUGAUGGUGGUAAAUUGAGCAAAGUUUGUAAAGACUGUUAUCAAAUAAUAAGUGGAUUCACAGACAGUGAAGAAAAGAAGAGGAAAGGAAUUUUAGAGAUCGAAUCAGCAGAAGUCUCUGGAAACAGUGUGGUGUGCAGCUUUCUUCAGUACAUGGAGAAGUCAAAACCUUGGCAGAAAGCUUGGUGUGUCAUCCCCAAGCAAGACCCUCUUGUGCUGUACAUGUAUGGUGCCCCUCAGGACGUCAGGGCCCAGGCCACCAUUCCGCUCCUGGGCUAUGUUGUGGAUGACAUGCCGCGGAGUGCAGACCUGCCACACAGUUUCAAACUGACCCAGUCCAAGUCUGUGCACAGCUUUGCUGCAGACAGUGAGGAACUGAAGCAGAAGUGGCUGAAAAUCAUCUUUUUAGCUGUCACAGGUGAGACACCAGAGGGUCUAAAUGAGCAUCCAGCCACCUUGGACGAUCAUCCUGAACCUAAGAGAAAAUCAGAAUGCUGAACUCCAGGACCAGCCACAGUGUGGGGUCUCCAGACUUACAGCUCAAGACAUUCCCAGUUCUCCCUACUCAUAUCUUAGCACUUUAUGUUGAAAAAUAUGGGCUCAUAAAUGCAUCUUUUGGGGACUAUUUUCCUAUGUUUAUGUAUUCUUAGUGAAAUUAAUGUGCAGAGCCAUUCUACCGAUAAAGUUUUGAAAUGUGAAAAAUUGAGCAUUUUUUUGAGCUAUUCCUUGAAUAUAUACUUUUUGUCUUGAAGAAAAUGUUAUCAAUUGAUUCUAUCACCAUCAGGUUAGAGUGAGCACUUUCAUUUAAGAAAUCCUUUAAAGUCUUCUCUUUCACAUGUAGGACCUGUAACAGUUUAAAAGAUAUACCUCCACGUUGCCAAAAUAGAUCCAUAGUGAAAAAUACAGGGACAGUUUAGACUAUAGUAUUAACUUAUUUAAUUUAGUUUAUAAAUCUCAAGCUGCAUAAAUGGUGUCUGUUCUUUUUAAAUGAAAGAAAAAAGACAAAUUGUCGGUGUUCAGAGUUUUGACUUACUCAGAAAAGGUAAUACUUGUUUUUGUAGAAAUACUCCUAAGAAUACAAUAUCUUAAGUAUAUAGCGAUUAUGUGUAUAUAGUAUUAAAUAUAUAUAUAUACUAUCCAUGCUUUUCUCCUCAGCUUUAGGUUCACAUUCAUCUCUAAUUUAUUUUAUAAAUAUAAAGCAUGGUUUAUCUUGGAAUCAAGUGGUGUUCUGAACUUAAGAAAUGUUUUUAGUGAUUUGUUUAACUGAUUGGCAUCUAAGGGUAUGGUAUUUUUAUAAUAAGCAGUAAUUUAUAUGGCAUGGGAUAUAUUCGUGAAUUCCAACAGUACUUUUAACAUAACUUUUUUUUUUUUUUUUUGUUCUGUGCCUAUUUAAAACAGUGCCUCUCUUAGAAGGUGCUAUUAAUACCUAUUUAAGUAUAAGAUGAGGGUUCAGUUAAUGCUUCAGUUUUGAUUAUUCUGAGAUUAAAGUGCAUUUUGGUCACUGGGACAGUCAAAGUCAUAGGUUAUUUUACCUUUUACAGUGCUAUAAUUGUUGCAGUAGUUAACAUCAGCAUGUACAAAAAUUUUCACCAAAACCUGAACUCUGUGAGACACUUGACAUCACACAGAACUGGGACGUGUGGAAACUACAUUUAUUGUAAUGAUUUUCUUUUCCAUGAGACGAUUAAGCAUGGUUAUAUGAGGACUAUAUAUAAUGAAUACUUAAGAUAACUGUGUGGGCCUAUUCCUUUGUCAGAAAUGAAACAGAAUUCACACAUGAUAACCUAUGUUUGGGGUGGGUGGUGGUCAAUAGAUAUUAAAGGAAGUUUGUGCUCAAACCACCUCACCGUAGAAGGGAAAAACAUAAUAUUGAAAAAGCGAUAUUUUACUGGAAGUUUUUCAAGAGGUAUAAAUGAUUGAAAAAAGUCUGAGAACUUUCUCCCUUUUAUCCUCUUGGGAAUUUUAAUAGACAAAUUAUGAUUCUUUGUCAUGAAGGCUGCUCUACAACAUAUUGUACUUGUGAUUAAAAUCUCACAUUGACUGUUUAACUUAA